UGAUGUUUAAAGGUUGUUUAUUUUGUGUUAAGACCUUGAAUUAAUCGUGAAACUUGAAAUGUACGUUUAACGAUAACUUAUCAUACAUAUUAACAAUUACAGCCGUCUUAGGUUUGAACUGUGAUUUAACAUAUGAAAAUGUCAUUAAAAAGUUAUAAAUUCGUGGACGGAGAGUUCCGAGUAACUGACGAAAUGAAGGCAGACUUUGAAAAUGACGGUUUUGUUAUAGUAAGGGGAUUACUUUCUAACGCUGAGAUAAGACAUGUUGAAAAGGCGUUGAAUACAGGGCCAUUUCAAGAGCAUACAUAUGGUGUUGGUGACGGGGAAGGCCGUGAAGCUCAUCUGAUUAUGUGGAACCACCCAGGGGUAGACGUGACGGGCAUGGUCGGGAAAAGUGAAAAAGUUGCGGGCACUUGUGAAGAGCUUCUUGGUGGAGAGGUGUACCAUUACCACACAAAGUUGAUGAAGAAACCUGCAAAGAUUGGCGGCAAACAUGUUUGGCACCAGGACUACGGAUAUUGGUACCGGUAUGGCAACCUGUUUCCCUACAUGAUGACUGUAUUUAUUGCUGUUGACAAUGCCACCAAAGAAAAUGGUUGUCUUCAGGUGUUGAAAGGUUCUCACAAGUGCGGGCGUAUAGAUCAUAUCACUGUUGAUGGACAACAGGGCGCAGAUCUGGAGCGGGUUGGAGAAAUAGCAAAAGUGUUUCCACUCGAAUAUGUGGAGCUUCAGCAAGGCGAUGCUCUGUUUUUCCACUGUAAUUUGUUGCACUGCAGUAGCGCCAACACAAGUGAAGCAAGGCGCUGGGCGUUUUUGUGCGCUUAUAAUAGAGCUGAUAACAAUCCAGUAAAAGAUCACUUCCAUCCAAAAUACACACCGUUAGAAAAGGUUCCAAAUUCAGCAAUUUUAGAGUGCCAGGACUUUACAACGAUGGACGGCAAAUGGUUUAACGACCCAGUGCUUGAUAAAGUCCCUGGGCGUAGAAUAGGCAUAAAAGGGCAGUAAUAUACAUAUGCGGCAUUGGCAUGAAAUAACACGGACGGAGAACCCGAUUAAUUAUGUAUGCACAAAACGUGGGACAAACAGUUAACCUUCUGAAAUAUUGUAGUUAUAUAUGCAAGAGAGCAUACGGCCGGGAAGUCAGUAUUGUUGCUAGGGUCUCAUCAAUGUGUUUAACAUGAUAGAAGUGAUGAUUUCAUAAUUUGUAAUUAAAGUAAAAACAUUACCUAGUUAUUGUGAUUCAAUUUAGACAAAACUAAGUACAUGUUGUAUAUUACACUUAAUUAAUGUGACUAAUACUUCAUUUAAAAUUAUGUUUAUCACAUUUCUCUUGACUACACACUCAUGUUGUUUUCAUGUUUGAAUUCAUUUAUAAUUCAUUCCUAAUUUUCAGUAUCUGUACCAUUGUUGUUAUCAUAAUUGUUGUUAUUAUGUUUAUAGAAUAAAGACAAAUUUUGUUUAGA